AUGGUCGAAAGUAAAGCUGUUCAAGGCCGAACUUCGUUACAUUCCUUUCAUAGGUACUCGAAUUUACUGAAACACAACUACGGAACAUCUACACACGAAUUUACUUUCAAAAAUUUGCUAAUAAUUAUGGAAAAUACCCAGGAUGCGAUACUGGUUGACUUGGCCAAGAUGGAACAUCUUUUGCGUGAUAAGUUGAUCGAAUUACAGAUGAAAACGAAUAAUCUGGAGGAGCUGCAACGAGAGCUUGCACAGGCUCGUCAAUCUUUGUAUGAAAUGGAGCGCCAAGCCGAAGAGGAGAGACGACAGUCUGAGCUGAUGCGAGCUCAGUUAGACUUUGCUAUGGCAGCAGCUAGGCGAUGGGAAGAAGAAAAAACUGUGAACAGAUGUCAACAAAUUCAGUCGACCAUGUAUUCUGAAACUGUAAUAAGAGAACGAGAUUCUCUGCUUCAUCAGACGAAAAAUCUACAGUUCGAAAAUAUGAUGCUAAAACAAAAAAUUCAAGAAAUCGAAACGAUCAAUGUCAUCAGAGGACCAAUUGAGGAAAAUUUCAUGGAAAUGAAAAAUAAAGUAUCACUCAUCAUAAACACUGCUACUAGCGAAAUUGAGAAACUACACCGGGAUCUUGAAAAUCUACAGAUUUCUGUAAAUGCAGCGAAUAAGCUUAAUGGGCGACUCCAGGCUGCGGGUAUGUGCAGACACGCAAUAGAAGAGAAGUACAGAGCACGAAUUCGUGAAUUAGAAAAUAAACUAAACCCAAUCAAUCAGUUUCGUCAGUGAAUCUUGACAUGGAGUAUCACACAGGUGUCUAUUUUUAAUAAUAAUAGAAGUAAUAAUAAUUACUUUUAAGUAUUAAAAUUCUACUAAUGUAUAAUGUUAUUAGAAUAUAAAGUAAUUUGUAAAUAAUGUAAUUUGGAUUGGCGAUAUUUAAUUUAACACCAGACUAUUAAAAAUUAAAUUAGAUUAACAAAAUCGAGGAACAAUGUACUCUAAACUUUGAAUUCGAACGAUAAUAACAGGAUAGUGGCAAAAGGCAGGGCUUCUUCAACGAACAUACACACGCACACACAGAGAUAUGUAGGAUUAAUAUAAAAUGUAUUAUCGUUUGUAUAUUCGGAACUGAAUUGAACUGGGUCAAAAGAUAAAAAUCUGAAAAUCGU